AUGCCUGGCAUCGUUCGUUACCUAGCAGUCGCUGGUUUCGCAGGCACUACAUUAGCUGCUCCACUUGAGGCGUAUAAUAUCGAUCCGAGCUCUGUGUCCGUCUCGGGGCUCUCAAGCGGUGGCUAUAUGGCGGUACAGCUUGGUGUUGCCUACUCCGGUACCUUCCAGGCGGGUUUUGGUGUUUUUGCCGGUGGUCCAUAUGAUUGUGCUCGCAACCAAUAUUACACCAAUUGCAUGUACAAUCUGAAUCCGUCCAUCACCACACCCACUGCGAACAUGAAAUCCUGGAGCGGGAAUCAAAUUGACCCGAUCAGCAACUUGAUGUCCCGCAGGAUCUAUAUGCAAGUUGGCUUAGCUGAUACUACGAUCGGCCCCAAUGUGAUGGGCAGGCUGAAGUCACAGUUGUCAAAUUUUGGUACCUCGUCUUACAUGACGUAUAUCACCACGUCAGGUGCUGGGCAUACCUUUCCGACUGACUUUGACGCAUCGGGUGAUAGCCAGUGCAGCGACUCUUCUUCACCUUACAUUAGCAACUGCGGCUAUGACGGGGCUGGAGCGGUCCUACAAUGGAUGUAUGGUGCCUUGAGUGCUCGUAAUACGGGUCCAUUAACAGGCGAUGUUAUCCCAUACAGCCAGACUUACUCGUAUGGUGCAAAUGGAAUGGCUACUACAGGCUAUCUUUAUGUUCCAGCUGCCUGCAAGGACGGUUCAACUGUUUGCAAACUGCAUGUGGCGCUUCAUGGUUGUCUCCAGAGCUAUGGCCAGAUCGGUUCCAAAUUCAUCAAUAACACAGGGUAUAACAACUGGGCUGAUACAAACGACAUAAUUAUUCUCUACCCUCAAGCAACUACUGACAGUUCGCUACACACAGUCUGGAACGGUGCUGUACUCUCGAACUCUAACGCCUGCUGGGACUGGCUCGGUUGGUACGGUAAUAAUGCUGACCAAAAGGGAGGAGCCCAGAUGACUGCAAUCGUGAAUCAAGUCAGACGGAUCUUGAGUGACAAUUAA